AUGAGUGGAGCUGCGCUGGGCAUUGAGAUAGUGGUGGUGUUCUUCCUGGCUCUGUUCCUGCUGCAUCGCUAUGCAGACUUCCGUAAGCAGCAGAGGAUGGUGCUGUUUGGCACCUUGCUGGCCUGGUACCUGUGUUUCCUCAUCGUCUUCAUUCUUCCUCUGGACAUCAGUACGGUUAGUACUAUUGCCCUCAUUCACCACCAAAGCUCCAUCUUAUCCAUUCCCUUUUUCAAGAAACUCCUAACUUGGAUGAAAAUGGUGACCCGUAACUUGGUGUGUCUGUGUGUUUGCAGACCUUUCUGAUAUCAAAUCAAAUUUUAUUUGUCACAUGCUUCAUAAAACAACAGGUGUGCAUUAACAGUGAAAUGCUUACUUACGGGCCCUUUCCAACAAUGCAGAGAGAAAGAAAAUAGAGAAAUAAUAGAAAAGUAAAACACAUAAUAAUAAAAGUAAUAAUAGAUACACAAUGAGUAACGAUAACUUGGCUAUAUACAAGGGCUACCAGUACCGAGUCGAUGUGCAGGGGUGUAUAUAUAUAUAUAUAUAUAUAUAUAUAUAUAUAUAUAUAAAAAUCACCUUUAUUUAACCAGGUAAGCCAGUUGAGAACAAGUUCUCAUUUACAACUGCGACCUGGCCAAGAUAAAGCAAAGUAGUGCGAUAAAAACAACAACACAGAGUUACAUAUGGGGUAAAAAAAUACAUAAAGUCAAAAAAAUAUAUAUAUAUAUAUAUAUAUACAGUGUGUGCAAAUGUAGCAAGUUAUGGAGGUAAGGCAAUAAAUAGGCUAUAGUGCAAAAAUAAUUACAAUUAGUAUUAACACUGGAAUGCUAGAUGUGCAAGAGAUGAUGUGCAAAUAGAGAUACUGGGGUGCAAAAGAGCAAAAUAAAUAACAACAUAGGGAUGAGGUAGUUGGGUAGGCUAAUUUCAGAUGGGCUGUGUACAGAUGCAGUGAUCGGUAAGGUGCUCUGACAACUGAUGCUUAAAGUUAGUGAGGGAGAUAAGAGUCUCCAGCUUCAGAGAUUUUUGCAAUUCGUUCCAGUCAUUGAGGUAGAUACAGUGGGGGAAAAAAGUAUUUAGUCAGCCACCAAUUGUGCAAGUUCUCCCACUUAAAAAGAUGAGAGAGGCCUGUAAUUUUCAUCAUAGGUACACGUAAACUAUGACAGACAAAAUGAGAAAAUCACAUUGUAGGAUUUUUUAUGAAUUUAUUUGCAAAUUAUGGUGGAAAAUAAGUAUUUGGUCAAUAACAAAAGUUUCUCAAUACUUUGUUAUAUACCCUUUGUUGGCAAUGACACAGGUCAAACGUUUUCUGUAAGUCUUCACAAGGUUUUCACACACUGUUGCUGGUAUUUUGGCCCAUUCCUCCAUGCAGAUCUCCUCUAGAGCAGUGAUGUUUUGGGGCUGUCGCUGGGCAACACGGACUUUCAACUCCCUCCAAAGAUUUUCUAUGGGGUUGAGAUCUGGAGACUGGCUAGGCCACUCCAGGACCUUGAAAUGCUUCUUACGAAGCCACUCCUUCGUUGCCCGGGCGGUGUGUUUGGGAUCAUUGUCAUGCUGAAAGACCCAGCCACGUUUCAUCUUCAAUGCCCUUGCUGAUGGAAGGAGGUUUUCACUCAAAAUCUCAUGAUACAUGGCCCCAUUCAUUCUUUCCUUUACACGGAUCAGUCGUCCUGGUCCCUUUGCAGAAAAACAGCCCCAAAGCAUGAUGUUUCCACCCCCAUGCUUCACAGUAGGUAUGGUGUUGGGGCGGCGCGCAUUUGGCCCAGCGUCGUCCAGGGUAGGGGAGGGAAUGGCCGGCAGGGAUGUAGCUCAGUUGGUAGAGCAUGGCGUUUGCAACGCCAGGGUUGUGGGUUCGAUUCCCACAGGGGGUAUGAAAAAAUAAAAAAUAAUGUAUGCACUAACUGUAAGUCGCUCUGGAUAAGAGCGUCUGCUAAAUGACUAAAAUGUAAAUGUGUUCUUUGGAUGCAACUCAGCAUUCUUUGUCCUCCAAACACGACGAGUUGAGUUUUUACCAAAAAGUUCUAUUUUGGUUUCAUCUGACCAUAUGACAUUCUCCCAAUCCUCUUCUGGAUCAUCCAAAUGCACUCUAGCAAACUUCAGACGGGCCUGGACAUGUACUGGCUUAAGCAGGGGGACACGUCUGGCACUGCAGGAUAUGAGUCCCUGGCGGCGUAGUGUGUUACUGAUGGUAGGCUUUGUUACUUUGGUCCCAGCUCUCUGCAGGUCAUUCACUAGGUCCCCCCGUGUGGUUCUGGGAUUUUUGCUCACCGUUCUUUUGAUCAUUUUGACCCCACGGGGUGAGAUCUUGCGUGGAGCCCCAGAUCGAGGGAGAUUAUCAGUGGUCUUGUAUGUCUUCAAUUUCCUAAUAAUUGCUCCCACAGUUGAUUUCUUCAAACCAAGCUGCUUACCUAUUGCAGAUUCAGUCUUCCCAGCCUGGUGCAGGUCUACAAUUUUGUUUCUGGUGUCCUUUGACAGCUCUUUGGUCUUGGCCAUAGUGGAGUUUGGAGUGUGACUGUUUGAGGUUGUGGACAGGUGUCUUUUAUACUGAUAACAAGUUCAAACAGGUGCCAUUUAAUACAGGUAAAGAGUGGAGGACAGAGGAGCCUCUUAAAGAAGUUGUUACAGGUCUGUGAGAGCCAGAAAUCUUGCUUGUUUGUAGGUGACCAAAUACUUAUUUUCCACCAUAAUUUGCAAAUAAAUUCAUUAAAAAUCCUACAAUGUGAUUUUCUGGAUUUUUUUUCCUCAAUUUGUCUGUCAUAGUUGACGUGUACCUAUGAUGAAAAUUACAGGCCUCUCUCAUCUUUUUAAGUGGGAGAACUUGCACAAUUGGUGGCUGACUAAAUACUUUUUUCCCCACUUAAGUGCCUUCAGAAAGUAUUCAGACCCCUUGACUUCUUCCACAUUUUGUUACGUUAUAGCCUUAUUCUAAAAUGGAUUAAAUAAAUAUAAAUCCUCAGCAAUCUACACACAAUACCCCAUAAUGACAAAGCGAAAACAGCUUUUUAGAAAUUCUAGCAAAUUUACUACAAAUAAAAAACAGAAAUACCUUAUUCUACCUGUGGUAAAUUCAAUUGAUUGGACAUGAUUUGGAAAGGCACACAACUGUCUAUAAAAAGUCCCAAAGUUGACAGUGCAUAUCACAGCAAAAACCAAGCCAUGAGGUCGAAGGAAUUGUCCGUAGAGCUCAGAGACAGGAUUGGGUCGAGGCACAGAUCUGGGGAAGAGUACCAAAACAUUUCUGCAGCAUUGAAGGGCCCCAAGAACACAGUGCCCUCCAUCAUACUUAAAUGGAAGAAGUUUGGAACCACCAAGACCCUUCCUAGAGCUGGCCAAACGGAGCAAUCGGGGGAGAAGGGCCUUGGUCAAGGAGGUGACUAAGAACCCAAUGGUCACUCUGACAGAGCUCUAGAGUUCCUCUGUGGAGAUGGGAGAACCUUCCAGAAUGACAACCAUCUCUGCAGCACUCCACCAAUCAGGCCUUUAUGGUAGAGUGGUCAGACGGAAGCCACUCCUCAGUAAAAGGCACAUGACAGCCCGCUUGGUGUUUGCCAAAAGGCACCUAAAGGGUAAAUGCAGAUAGUCCUGGUAGGUAUUUAACUAAACUAUUUAACUAAACUAUUUAACAGUCUUAUGGAUUGGGGGUAGAGGCUGUUCAGGGUCCUGUUGGUUCCAGACUUGGUGCAUCGAUACCACUUGCCGUGCGGUAGCAGAGAGAACAGUCUAUGACUUCGGUGGCUGGAGUCUUUGACAAUUUUCAGGGACUUAUCUUCCUUUGUCUGUGUGUUUGUUUGGACCUUUCAGACAAUCUACAAGCAAUGUAAGAUUGAUCAUGAAGAACAUGCCUCCGUAUCCACGGUGACCCCACUGCUCUCCAAUCAAACUGCAGGAAACGCAACUACGGCCACACCCACUAAAAGGUUAGUGCCUAAGUCAUCAUAUGUUCACGUGUCAUAGGAUUAGGUUCAGCACUCAGGGGAAUGACAUGACAGGUCAGGAUUUGGUUGAACAAAACACUAGCAUGUGCAGUAGUUACCAACGACCAGGGAAGAGGGUCCUAGACAGAAAGCAGAAGGCAGGAACCACUGCUGUAAUUCAAAACAUGAGACCGUGUUUUAGCCGUCUUCUCAAACCGGUUUUGCAGAAGCUGAUCUAAAUAAGAUUACCAGGCAGAUUUUGUUUAUCUUCUGUCACACAUUCAUUUGCAACAGCUAAAAGUCCACUCUCUUCCCAUCAUGAAAUGUCAAGUACGUCGGGUCAUUUUUAUACUGAACAAAAAUAGAAACGCAACAUGCAACAUUUUCAUUGAUUUUACGGAGUUACAGUUCAUAUGAGAAAAUAGGUCAAUUGAAAUAAAUUCAAUAGACCCUAAUCUAUGGAUUUCACAUGACUGGGAAUACAGAUAUGCAUCUGUUGGUCACACAAUGGGCAUCAGGAUCUCGUCACUGUAUUUUUGAGCAUUCAAAUUGCCAUUGAUAAAAUGCAAUUGUGUUCGUUGUCCGUAGCUUAUCCCUGCCCAUACCAUAACUCCACCGCCACCAUGGUGCACUCUGUUCACAACAUUGACAUCAGCAAACUGCUCGCCUCCACAACGGCAUCCACAUGGUCUGCAGUUGAGGCCGGUUGGACGUACUGCUAAAUUCUCUAAAACGAUGUUGGAGGCGGCUUAUGGUAGAGAAAUGAACAUUAAAUUAUCUGGCAACAGCUCUGGUGGACAUUCCUGCAGUCAGCAUGUCAAUUGCACGCUCCCUCAACCCCUCAAGACAUCUGUGGCAUUGUGUUGUGUGACAAAACUGCUCAUUUUAGUGUGGCCUUUUAUUGUCCCCAGCACAAGGUGCACCUGUGUAAUGAUCAUGUUCUUUAAUCAGCUUCUUGAUAUGCCACACCUGUCAGGUGGAUGGAUUAUCUUGGCAAAGGAGAAAUGCUCACUAACAGGGAUGUAAACAAAUGUGUGCACAAAAUUUGAGCAAAAUAAGCUUUUUUUGCAUCUGGAAAAUUUCUGGGAUCUUUUAUUUCAGCUCAUGAAACAUGGGACCAACACUUUACAUGUUCCGUUUAUAUUUAAUUUUUUUCAGUGUAGUUUUGCUUGACUGUAGUUAUGUACAGUGUUUUCUCCCUGACAGUCUGACAUAUUACCCUAAUAGUCUAUACAAGGCAAACAUUGGGGUUUUAAUAAGAAGAUCAACGUUUGUGCUUUGCUCCAGUAUCAAUGUUUUUGAUUCCUCCUAAAUAGGUCACCAUCAGUAUAGCAGUAGGUAAUAGCAUCAGCUUUUGUCAUUUCAUUCCCCUCCAGAUGUUGAUUUCUUCAAUGUUCCCAGACCUUGCUAACUGCAUAUCAACACUGUUUGUAUGUUUUCCAUGACAGUGUUCCAAAGGUGUGUUACAAGCCAUGGAGCUAUAUUCCGGAUGGAAUCAUGCCUGUGUUCUGGAGGGUUGUUUACUGGACAUCUCAGUGUCUCACCUGGUGAGUGCUUGACACUGUUUGGCCUUGUAUUUAAUUGUACUGGAAACACUACUGAUCAGAAAUGGUCUCGAAGUUUGUUCAUUUUGACUGAUUUACUAAGAGACAGACAGACCGACCUUCCUUACUAAGUCAACUAUCUGCCUCUGUCCCUACUAAAAAUGUUAUCUUAAAACACACCAAAAAAGCACACUCUACACCUGCCUUACUCCAGAUCUUGUUGGCUUUGCAGGCUGCUUCUGCCCUUCAUGCAAUCGUAUGCACGCUCGGGGGGCUUCUCCAUCACUGGGAAAAUAAAGACUGCACUGAUAGAGAACGCCAUUUAUUACGGGACAUACCUGCUCAUCUUUGGAUCGUUGCUUAUCUAUGUGGCCGUACACCCUCAGUGGCACCUCUCCUGGUGAGUGCACAGCAACAUGGACAAAUUAGACUUGAGGUUUGGAAAGUGGGCUGUUGACUACAAAAAAAAAAAAGUUCACAUUCAGCAUUUCAACACAUUGUAUUCUACACAACACAGUACUAACAUAGAAAGGUAAUUAGAAGGAACCAUGUAUGUCUCACUUAAAUGUGGUUUGGUCUGUCCCCCUGUCUCUCUCCAGGUAUGAGCUGCAGACAAUAGGUAUCACUGCAGCCAACACCUGGGGCCUGUUCCUGCUGGUGCUGUUGCUGGGUUAUGGCCUGGUGGAGAUUCCGCGUUCCUAUUGGAACGCCUCGCGGCGGGGACACCUGCUCAUCAAGACCUACUUCAAGGCAGCCAAGCUGAUGACAGAGAAGGCUGAUGCAGAGGAGAACCUAGAGGAUGUCAUGGAGGUAGGGAAUGGUUUCUGCUCUGACUACAAAAUGUAGACAUUAUAGCGGUCUGUUUCUUAGAAACUUUAAUUGAUGUCCUUCUCUAUUUGCUGUGGAUCUGUUUUAGGAAGUGAGAAAAGUCCAAGAAUCAAUCAAGUAUAACCACCCACUGAGGAAGUACAUCGAUACUAUUCUUAGAAAGGUAAGAUUAAAGAAGGACAAAGCUUCACAAACAAAGAAACAAUGACAUAUUCUUAGUGAAGAAUGUGGAGCCCAACCCCACAAUGUUAUUGAGUGAGAUGUGUGCACUCUCUCCACUCCAUGUGCUUAAAGGGAAGAUUAAACAAGUGAGGAAUGUGGAGUGGCCUGAGAAAGUCCAGUGCCUUUGUUGAUCCUAACCAUAAACUUAGCUAGAGGUCCCAUUAUGGGGGUCUAGAGUCCUCUAUCUAUCACUAUGAUCCUAACAGAGUUUUCUCUCUUAGUGCCCUGUGGAGUACCAGGAGAAGAUGGGCAGAAACAUGGAUGACUAUGAGGACUUUGAUGACAAACAGAACACCUAUCCUAGUGAGAAGAACCUGGUGAAGCUUCACAAACAGGUAAAAUUAAGAAAUGUACACAGUAUUAGCUAGUCAACAGUUUUAUUUUGCAGACAUUUUAUUGUUUUCUUUGUCAUUUUGCUGACUAUAUCCAGACUUCUGUAUAGGGUGCAUCCAUUUGAAUUCAAUCACUUUUUGACAGCACCCCUUUUGAUUUGAACGAAACCUUCCAUACAUACACUAUAUAUACAAAAGUAUGUGGACACCACUUAAAAUGUGUGCAUUCUGCUAUUUCAGCCACAUCCGUUGCUGACAGGUGUAUAAAAUCGAGCACACAGCCAUGCAAUCUUCACAGACAAUCAUUGGCAGUAGAAUGGCCUUACUGAAGAGCCACCUUUCCAACAAGUCAGUUAGUUAAAUUUCUGCCCUGCUAGAGCUGCCCCAGUCAACUGUAUGUGCUGUUAUUGUGAAGUGGAAACGUCUAGGAGCAACAACGGCUCAGCCGCGAAGUGGUAGGUCACACAAGCUCACAGAACGGGACCGCCGAGUGCUGAAGCGCAUAGAGCGUAAAAAUCGUCUGCUCUCGGUUGCAACACUCACUACCAAGUUCCAAACUGCCUCUGCAAGCAACGUCUGCACAAUAACUGUUUGUCAGGAGCUUCAUGAAAUGGGUUUCCAUGGCCGAGCAGCCGCACACAAGCCUAAGAUCACCAUGCGCAAUACCAAGCGUCAGCUGGAGUGGUGUAAAGCUCGCCGCCAUUGGACUCUGGAGCAGUGGAAACGCGUUCUCUGGAGUGAUGAAUCAUGCUUCACCAUCUUGCACCAUCUGCCAGAAGAACGAACGCUACCUGCCCGAAUGCAUAGUGGCAACUGUAAAGUUUGGUGCAGGAAGAAUAAUGGUCUGGGGCUGUUUUUCAUGGUUUGGGCUAGGCCCCUUAGUUCCAGUGAUGGGAAAUCUUAACGCUACAGCAUACAAUGACGUUCUAGACGAUUCUGUGCUUCCAACUUUGUGGCAAAAGUUUGGGGAAGGCCCUUUCCUGUUUCAGCAUGACAAUGCCCUCGUGCACAAAGCGAGGUCCAUACAGAAAUGGUUUGUCGAUCGGUGUGGAAGAACUUGACUGGCCUGCUCAGAGCCCUGACCUCAACCCCAUCGAACACCUUUGGGAUGAGUUAGUCCACCCAGCAAUGUUCCAACAUCUAGUGGAAAGCUUACCCAGAAGAGUGGAGGCUGUUAUAGCAACAAAGGGGGGACCAACUCCAUAUUAAUGACCGUGAUUUUGGAAUGAGAUGUUCGACGAGCAGGUAUCCACAUACUUUUGUUCAUAUAGUGUAUCCUCUGUAGCUCAGCUGGUAGAGCACGGCGCUUGUAACGCCAAGGUAGUGGGUUCGAUCCCCGGGACCACCCAUACACAAAAAAUGUAUGCACGCAUGACUGUAAGUCGCUUUGGAUAAAAGCGUCUGCUAAAUGGCAUAUUAUUAUUAUUAUGUAGUGUAGGAAUAACAUUUACAUUUCAACUUUCAAAUUGUACCUCAAAGAUGGUUGGAGGUCCACACAUCAGAGAAUGUUGACUUGAAUGGGAAUAUCCAUAGGAAAAAUAUAGAAAUUAUAUAAAUAUAGAUAAUAGAAUAGACAUGACCAUUUAAGUUGAGACUGUGGGUGGACUGGCGGCCAUCUUUGUGGUAGGAAUUAGAAGUUACAAUUUCAAUUUCAAUGGUGUACCAGCAACACUGCAGUGGUCUAAAGGGAUAGGUCCAUUCUAUGAUUUUUAUUUAUAUGAUUGAAAUGACACUCAUCCUUUAUUCCAUCUGAGAUUACACGUUUUUAGAUCAUUUACGUUAAAGGUUAAAUGUCAUAAUUUGUAUUACAUAAAAAUAAAAAUAAAUAGUUUGACAACCCUGUUUUGUAAGCUUUUAAAUUAUAUCAAACUCAACUGUUUAUCUUUUCCAGUGAUGAAGUCAUGGAUGUCUCAUGGUAUGGUUGGGUAUGCAAAAUGGGUCAACUUUGAGCACCUCUGUUUUGGCAUUUAGGUCUAAAAAGUCACUUUCUGACCACUUGGAAAGUUUUAUUUAAAUCAAAAGGGAUGCUGUCAAAAAGUGAAUGAAUUCAAAUGGAUUUACUCUAAACCCUAAUUUGAGGAUGUGGUUCUUUGUGAAUGGUCAGGUGAUCUACGCAGUGCAGAGGCACAACAGGACCCAUGUCCAGUGGCAGAUCCUCCUGCAGCAGGCUAUGCACCUGGAGGACGUGGCCAAGAAUGAGACCAGCUCAGCCCACCAGUUUGUCCACAGCUUCCCCUCCACAGAACCAACUAGCUGGCUCAGCCCAUACUUAUACACUCCUACUGUAGGUGGGUCACACAGCUCCUCACAGUUCACACCUUCUGGGUCAACUCUACAACUGAUGGUUCACUCACACCUACAAACAAAACACGAAGCAGAUUUCACUUCUUUGGAAAACAGCCCUAAUGUUGGAAACAAACAUCAUUAUGUUGACAUCAAGAAUCAUAUUUAUUUAUUUUCCAAGCUAUAGCACACAAUAUUUUACAUUCAAUAGGUUAUUUAAAGGACCAAAGUGUUUGGUUAGCUUUGUGUUUUCAUUUUUACCAUGGACAAAAAUAUUGCGAUACUGGUAUUGUCACACCCCUACUGUGUGUCUUCCAUUCCUCUCCUCACUUGGGAUUUUACUCCAUUUCUAAGAUCCUUGGAGAGCUUAUGUGUUUAAUAUGUUGUUCUUCUCCAGAGUGGUACUGGGAGUGCCUGCUGAGACAGUGGUUCUACCGGCUGCUGGCUGUGGUACUGUCUCUGUUCUCUGUGGGUGUGGUGUGGUCUGAGUGCACCUUCUUCAGCAUCCACCCGGUCCUCUCACUCUUCGCUGUCUUCAUCCAGCUCGCUGAGAGAGACUACAACUAUUUGUACAUCGAGGUGAGACGCCAAUGGAAAGCAAUUACCAGUGUACUACUGUACUAAUUGGUGUAUCUGGUAAUAUCUGUAUAGAAAGAAAGUUGCACACUCUAUACAUGCUCCCAACAACGUUAUCUUAUCUGAUCAUAUCAACAUCCAGUGGGUUCCUGUUGUGUAUGUAUAAUUAAAUUGCAGGUUGUCAGGUCUCUCAUGUGAAGGUUAUUGUUUUGUCCACUAGAUGGCGUGCUUCAUCACCAUCUUCUUCCUGUGUACCUGCGUUUACUCCACUGUGUUCCGGAUCCGAGUGUUCAACUACUACUACCUGGCCUCACACCACCAGACUGACGCCUACAGCCUGCAGUUCAGUGGCAUGUAAGUGACUGGGUGGUAGAGCGAAGUGAGGGGAGGAAUGUGGGUCUGAUUGGACAGCAUUAGCUAAGUAUUAAUCUCUUGUAAACAUUUCUACAGUACCAGUCAGAAGUUUGGACACACCUACUCAUUCGAUUUUUCUAUAUUUUUACUAUUUUCUACAUUGUAGAAUAAUAGUGAAGACAUCAAAACUAAGAAAUAACAUAUAUGGAAUCAUGUAGUAACCAUAAAAGUGUUAAACAAAUAAAAAUAUAUUUGAGAUUCUUCAAAUAGCCACCCUUUGCCUUGAUGACAGCUUUGCACACUUAUGGCAUUCUCUCAACCAGCUUCACCUGGAAUGCUUUUCCAACAGUCUUGAAGGAGUUCACACAUAUGCUGAGAACUUGUUGGCUACUUUUCCUUCACUCUGCCGUCCGACUCAUCCCAAGCCAUCUCGAUUGGGUUGAGGUUGGGGGAUUGUGGAGGCCAGGUCAUCUGAUGCAGCACUCCAUCACUCUCCUUGGUAAAAUAGCCCUUACACAGCCUGGAGGUGUGUUGGGUCAUUGUUCUGUUGAAAAACAAAUGAUAGUCCCACUAAGCCCAAACCAGAUGGGAUGGCGUAUCGCUGCAGAAUGCUGUGGUAGCCAUGCUGGUUAAGUGUGCCUUGAAUUCUAAAUAAAUCACAGACAGUGUCACCAGCAAAGCACCCCCACACCACAGCAUUCACCCACACCGCGUCUUACAUAGACAUAGCGGUUGGAACCAAAAAUCUCAAAUUUGGACUCCAGACCAAAGGACACAUUUCCACCAGUCUAAUGUCCAUUGCUCGUGUUUCUUGGCCCAAGCAGGUCUCUUCUUCUUAUUGGUGUCCUUUAGUAGUUUUUUAUUUGCAGUAAUUCGACCAGGAAGCCUGAUUCACACAGUCCCCUCUGAACAGUUGAUGUUGAGCUGUGUCUGUGACUUGAACUCUGUGAAGCAUUUAUUUGGGCUGCAAUUUCUGAGGCUGGUAACGCUAAUGAACUUAACUUCUGCAGCAGAGGUAAAUCUGGGUCUUCCAUUCCUGUGGCGGUCCUCAUGAGAGCCCGUUUCAUCAUAGCGCUUGAUGGUUUUUGCAACUGCACUUGAAGAAACGUUCAAAGUUCUUUAAAUUUUCCAUAUUGACUGACCUUCAUGUCUUAAAGUAAUGGACUGUCGUUUCUCUUUGCUUAUUUGAGCUGUUCUUGCCAUAAUAUGGACUUGGUAUUUAACCAAAUAGGGCUAUCUUCUGUAUACCCCCCUACCUUGUCACAACACAACUAAAUGGCUCAAACGCAUUAAGUAAAGAAAUUCCACAAAUUAACUUUUAAGAAGGCACACCUGUUAAUUGAAAUGCAUUCGAGGUGACUACCUCAUGAAGCUGGUUGAGAGAAUGCCAAGAGUGUGCAAAGUUGUCAUCAAGGCAAAGGGUGGCUAUUUGAACAAUCUCAAAUAUACACUGCUCAAAAAAAAAGGGAACACAAAAAUAACACAUCCUAGAUCUGAAUGAAUGAAAUAAUCUUAUUAAAUACUUUUUUCUUUACAUAGUUGAAUGUGCUGACAACAAAAUCACACAAAAAUUAUCAAUGGAAAUCAAAUUUAUCAACCCAUGGAGGUCUGGAUUUGGAGUCACCCUCAAAAUUAAAGUGGAAAACCACACUACAGGCUGAUCCAACUUUGAUGUAAUGUCCUUAAAACAAGUCAAAAUGAGGCUCAGUAGUGUGUGUGGCCUCCACGUGCCUGUAUGACCUCCCUACAACGCCUGGGCAUGCUCCUGAUGAGGUGGCGGAUGGUCUCCUGUGGGAUCUCCUCCCAGACCUGGACUAAAGCAUCCGCCAACUCCUGGACAGUCUGUGGUGCAACGUGGCAUUGGUGGAUGGAUGGAGCGAGACAUGAUGUCCCAGAUGUGCUCAAUUGGAUUCAGGUCUGGGGAACGGGCGGUCCAUAGCAUCAAUGCCUUCCUCUUGCAGGAACUGCUGACACACUCCAGCCACAUGAGGUCUAGCAUUGUCUUGCAUUAGGAGGAACCCAGGGCCAACCGCACCAGCAUAUGGUCUCACAAGGGGUCUGAGGAUCUCAUUUCGGUACCUAAUGGCAGUCAGGCUACCUCUGGCGAGCACAUGGAGUGCUGUGCGGCCCCCCAAAGAAAUGCCACCCCACACCAUGACUGACCCACCGCCAAACCGGUCAUGCUGGAGGAUGUUGCAGGCAGCAGAACGUUCUCCACGGUGUCUCCAGACUCUGUCACGUCUGUCACGUGCUCAGUGUGAACCUGCUUUCAUCUGUGAAGAGCACAGGGCGCCAGUGGCGAAUUUGCCAAUCUUGGUGUUCUCUGGCAAAUGCCAAACGUCCUGCACGGUGUUGGGCUGUAAGCACAACCCCCACCAGUGGACGUCGGGCCCUCAUACCACCCUCACGGAGUCUGUUUCUGACCGUUUGAGCAGACACAUGCACAUUUGUGGCCUGCUAGAGGUCAUUUUGCAGGGCUCUGGCAGUGCUCCUCCUGCUCCUCCUUGCACAAAGGCGGAGGUAGCAGUCCUGUUGCUGGGGGGGGGGACAUUUGGCCCGUAACUUGCAAAGAGAGACGGUGGAGCUCCGCGUUCCACUCCUUGUUCUAGCAUAUCUUCAUCUAUUCUCUUAACACGUAUGGACCCAGAACUUAAUUGAGCAGCUGACCAAUUAAGUGAGACUUUAGUUCUGGGUUAGCCAAGAUUAGCUAAGUAUCAAAGAGACAAAACGUCUGUAUAAAUCAUGUAUAUGGUAAGAAUUUAGGAAAUUGACAUUCAGAAAGUGGUAUGUGUUUUUGGUUUUGCUGUAUUUGUGGACAGAACUAUACUGUAUUUAUGGACAGAACUAUACUGUGUUUGUGGACAGAACUAUACUGUAUUUAUGGACAGAACUAUACUGUAUUUGUGGACAGAACUAUACUGUGUUUGUGGACAGAACUAUACUGUGUUUGUGGACAGAACUAUACUGUAUUUAUGGACAGAACUAUACUGUACAAUGUCCAUACCAUCCCUUACUUUGCCCCAGGUACAGUUGAAGUCGGAAGUUUACAUACACUUAGGUUGUAGUCAUUAAAACUCAUUUUUCAACCACUCCACACAUUCCUUGUUAACAAACUAUAGUUUUGGCAAGUCGGUUAGGACAUCUACUUUGUGCAUGACACAAGUAAUUUUUCCAACAAUUGUUUACAGACAGAUUAUUUCACUUAUAAUUUACUGUAUCACAAUUCCAGUGGGUCAGAAGUUUACAUACAAUAAGUUGACUGUGCCUUUAAACAGCUUGGAAAAUUCCAGAAAAUGAUGUCAUGGCUUUAGAAGCUUCUGAUAGGCUAAUUGACAUCAUUUGAGUCAAUUGGAGGUGUACCUGUGGAUGUAUUUCAAGGCCUACCUUCAAACUCAGUGCCUCUUUGCUUGACAUCAUGGGAAAAUCAAAAGAAAUCAGCCAAGACCUCAGAAAAAAAUGUGUAGACUUCCACAAGUCUGGUUCAUCCUUGGGGGCAAUUUCCAAACACCUGAAGGUACCACGUUCAUCUGUACAAACAAUAGUACGCAAGUAUAAACACCAUGGGACCACGCAGCCGUCAUACCGCUCAGGAAGGAGACACGUUCUGUCUCCUAGAGAUGAACGUACUUUGGUGCGAAAAGUGCAAAUCAAUCCCAGAACAACAGCAAAGGACCUUGUGAAGAUGCUGGAGGAAACAGGUACAAAAGUAUCUAUACCCACAGUAAAACAAGUCCUAUAUCGACAUAACCUGAAAGGCCGCUCAGCAAGGAAGAAGCCACUGCUCCAAAACCGCCAUAAAAAAGCCAGACUAUGGUUUGCAACUGCACAUGGGGAGAAAGAUCGUACUUUUUGGAGAAAUGUCCUCUGGUCUGAUGGAACAAAAAUAGAACUGUUUGGCCAUAAUGACCAUCGUUAUGUUUGGAGGAAAAAGGGGGACGCUUGCAAGCCGAAGAACACCAUCCCAACCGUGAAGCACGGGGGUGGCAGCAUCAUGCUGUGUGGGUGCUUUGCUGCAGGAGGGACUUGUGCACUUCACAAAAUAGAUGGCAUCAUGAGGAAGGAAAAUUAUGUGGAUAUAUUGAAGCAACAUCUCAAGACAUCAUUCAGGAAGUUAAAGCUUGGUCGCAAAUGGUUCUUCCAAAAGGACAAUGACUCCAAGCAUACUUCCAAAGUUGUGGCAAAAUGGCUUAAGGACAACAAAGUCAAGGUAUUGGAGUCACCAUCACAAAGCCCUGACCUCAAUCCUAUAGAAUAUUUGUGGGCAGAACUGAAAAGGCGUGUGCGAGCAAGGAGGCCUACAAACCUGACUCAGUUACACCAGCUCUGUCAGGAGGAAUGGGCCAAAAUUCACCCAACUUAUUGUGUGAAGCUUGUUGAAGGCUACCCAAAACGUUUGACCCAAGUUAAACAAUUUAAAGGCAAUGCUACCAAAUACUAAUUGUGUGUAUGUAAACUUCUGACCCACUGGGAAUGUGAUGAAAUAAAUAAAAGCUGAAAUAAAUUGUUCUCUCUACUAUUAUUCUGACAUUUCACAUUCUUAAAAUAAAGUGGUGAUCCUAACUGACCUAAGACAGGGCAUUUUUACUAGGAUUAAAUGUCAGGAAUUGUGAAAAACUGAGUUUAAAUGUAUUUGGCUAAGAUAUAUGUAAACUUCCGACUUCAACUGUAUAUGUUUGUGUAACAUGAUAUAAUGUUAAAUGUCUAAUGUAGUCUUGUUGCUCUUUAGGCUGUUCUGCCGUCUGACCCCUCCUCUGUGUCUGAACUUCCUGGGUCUGAUCCACAUGGACUCUGCCAUCUCCCACCAACUGAAGGAGCAGACGGCCUACACCUCUGUAAAACACAACACAUUCUUCUGACACUGAUAGAACGUAUUCGUUGAUGUGUUAUUUUCUUCAUAUUGAUGAUACGUCACUUCUCUGCAGAUCAUGGGUUCUAUGAGGGUCUUAUCGUUCAUCGCUAAUGGUUUCUAUAUCUACUACCCCAUGCUUAUAUUGCUGCUAUGUAUCGCUACCUACUUCAGGUGAGUCCAGCCUGCUGUUUAGAUUAUGAAAUUACAAUACAUUUGUGGUGUAGACAAACACAUCAAUAAUACUACGAUACGGAAUGAUAUCAACUUGCUAUUCUACAAUGAGUACUCCACCAAUGACCCAAAAGGACUAUCAGCACACAUACAUACUGUGCAAGAAUAAGUAUUGAUUAAUGACAGAUCAACACUGUUUCUGUAUGAACCCUUUAGCCUGGGUACCCGCUGUCUGAACCUCCUGGGCUUUCAGCAGUUUGUGGGAGACAAUGAAAUGACCUCUGACUUGAUUGAUGAGGGCAAGGAGCUCAUUCGACGAGGUUUGGCCCCACUUGAUCUGAAUUAAAACCAUUUGACAGUGGAAAAAGCUUUGGUUUUCUGUGUACGUGUUGUUUACUCAAACAUCGGUACUUAGUGAUUUCUCUGUGUUUCUGACAGAGAAAAGAAAGCGCCAAAGGACAGAGGAUGGAGAGAACCGACGAAGGGUGAGUCCCUAGCUUAAAUUUCCCAUGCCCCUUUUAGUAUGUGUGUUGGUUGCUAUUUUUGCAGAGAAACGGAUCAAGGUGUUAACGUCAGGCUUGUGCCUGUGUUCUAGGAGUGGAAGGAGCGCUAUGGUAACACGCGGGAGGACACCGCCAGGAACAGGAAUAGAAAUGAAGCAGCAGAAAUGACGGAGACUAACUACUCUGAUACUGUCCCUAUCCCUAACACUAACCCUAACAGACGUAAGUGAAUGGUCGCAAAGCCUACUUAAAUUACAUUAUGCUUGUUUUCUACAGUUUGGCUAGAUUUUACUCAUUGCUUUGUUAAACAAUGAAUCAAUGUUUUGUUUGCUCUUGUAGUGUCAUGGCUUAUCUUGAUGACACGAAGGAUAUCGACACCACAACUUCAUAAAAAAAAUUCUAAGUCCCUUAUUGAAUGUAUCUAAAUUUAACUGCGGAAGGCAGUGAUAUGGUAUUGAUCAUUAUUUUUUCAUCAACAGAGGCGAAGUACUCUCGGACUGGCAGAGGAACAGAGAGAGACUCUAUAGAACUUCUCGAGGACGCGGAGCCUUUGGACUUCAAUGCAGAGACAGUUUCAGACGACCCUCUUGAAGCAGACUCCACCAGGUAAGAGGUCCUCCAGUCCCCACUCUAUCUAAAUAAGUGUGUUAGUUUCACAUUCUGCUCUGCUGUGGACGAUACCUGUAAGCAAAUAACACAAAGUGUGUGUUGUUAAACAUAUGCUCACUGUGCCUCUCCAUUUUGCAGGCAUGUACCAGGCAGGUACCUGUCCAUGUCCUCGUCACGGAGCAGAAUCUUUGAUGAUGUUUGAGAGGAGUAGCGAGGGAGAGUCGAAGGAACAGGAAAGCUAAAUAUUGCACAUACAUUUUCAUCCUCCACUCAUCCACCUUGCAGGGAAGACAAUACGAAGGAGAGACGCUCUCUCAACCUCUGUGAAUGUAGCACAUGACCUCUAUCUUCCUCUACACUAUUGGCAUGAUGUAUCUGCUGCCCCUCAUCUCCAAUAGCUUGUCGCCUGUCAGAACACUCCAGUGGCUGUUGAUAUACACUUCCCCAUCAGGCAGAUAGAGGUCCUCCCCUGUGCCAGCCAGUGUGCAGCAUGUCAUGAAUGCAAAUCCGUACCCCAUUUGGGUUCAUCACUGUUUCUCAUCCGUUAAACCACGUCAUCAUUUCUGUUAUUACUUAUGCAUGAAUUUCCGUUCAAGGUCCUCUUCGCGUGGUACCCCCUGUGAUCUUUACAAUGUAUGUAUAAAGUGUGUCUUCCCUCAAAAAUAUGGUUGAUGGGCUGAGUACAUUGUUAAUCAUUUUGAUGAGAAGAUAAGUAAUUACUACUAAUUAAGUAUCUUUUUGGAGGAAGACAUAUUUAUACAUUAUGAAGUUGUAUUUAACCCCUGGAAAGAAGAAAUAGUGAAAUAGUGGAACAAAUGAUCAAUGUUUCAAUGAAUUAGUAUUUUGUUGCCAGUCUUAUAUUAUUCUGGUAUAUGGAUGGAAGGACAGUUCCUUCGGUCUGUUUCUGAAGCUGCUACCAUAGAAACUGAGUGUACAGUGUAUAGACCUAUAGUCCUCGAUUUAAUGUGCAAUCUAUGUGAUCCAGCCCACACUGAGUUAACUGAAUUAGCACAUAGUGUUUGUACUGCCCAUAGAGCUAAAUCCUAACUUGAGAUGCAGUAUGUGUUCUUAUCGUGCACGUGAAUUGAUGUGAGAUCUGUGAAAAUCGGAUCUCAAGUUGGAAUUCGGCCCAUAAUGCUAGCGAUGCAAUUGAUGGAGGUCAACUGAUACAAAAAAUAUAUUUACCAUUGCUCUUAAUUGUGAUGUAUUCUCUAUGUUCUAUUCCGAGUGUCAAAAUGACCUUUAAACUUUUGUUUAAAAAUAGUUUUUUUGGAAUUCUGUUGAAAGGCAUGUUUAAAAAUAAUUUUCAAUAUUGUGUCAUUAGCCAUUGACUGCUUGAUAUUAGUAACGCCUUAUUUAUUGUCAAACCAUUUGAAUUGUAGGUGUUAAAAAUUAUCUACUGAAGUCUUUUUGGGAUAUCAUUGUGCCAUAUUGUUUUAUUUUAGUUGUUUACAAAAAUGGCUAAUUUAAUUUUUUGUCCAGUUAUGAUUUCAUUGUUUUAUUUUAGUUGUUUACAAAAAUGGCUAAUUUAAUUUUUUGUCCAGUUAUGAUUUCAUUGUUUUUGGUUUAAUUACUUGGCUCAAGUCGAAAAAGAAAAGUGACCUUUAAAUGUAUUUCAUUUAAAUAUUUAUUCUUACAUUGUUCAAGAGGUCUUGCUGGAAGGUACUGUGAGGCAACAGGUCAUUAUGUCACUGAAAUACAGUCUCAAACACCUUUCACAGCAGUUGACCUAGAAGUAUGUCUUCAUGUUGUGUCAACUUGAAACAACUACUAUAACUGUAUGAGCUUGGUUGGAUGAGGAAUUCGGUUAAGACACACACACAGUCAGUAGCAUGCAGGUCAAAUGCAUGGUAUUCACCUUUGAAGGAGUUGGACGAUUAUUCUAAAAUCGUGUUUAAUUGUUUUGUAAUCUGCUGUAAAUAUUAUAGAUUUAACUAUUCCCCCGUCUCUCAAUGUCUUUGUUAAUGAUGCCCUCUUGUAUAUUUUGUUUUAUUUUUAUUAUAUUGUUCUAUUAAUAUAGUAGACAAAGGUCAACACAUGUACAACAUGCUAUUUAUUGUAAAUUAAUUUAACGUCAUCGGUUAACAAUGUUAACAAAGGUCACUGGUAACCAUGGGUAAAAAAUGGUCUUGUCAGGUUAGAUUCCCCUUUAUCUCCUUACAAUCUCUUUUUGUAAAAAGUAAGAAAUGAAUUAAAGUGAUGCUCCCAAACGUUUGUAUAAUUUCAACCACUAGUUUUGAAAGUGGUUCUCACGAGCCAAAACGGGUCCCAGUUUUUUGUGUACUACGUCAACCAAUUUUGUACUAUGUCAUCCAUUUUGUAUAUUAUGUUACAUUCUGAUUUUUUAUUUUAUGCAAUUCCUAUGAUAUGUUACGAAUCCAAUUCGUACAAUAUGUUACGAAUUUGUUGUGCUUAAGAUCCUGAACUGCAUCUUUAAAGUAAAGUUCCUAAUGAAUUAUAUAGAAGAGUGUAGUGUUAGUGAGAUGCACUACAUGACCAAAAGUAUGUGGACACCUGUUUGUCGAACAUCUAAUUUCAAAAUCAUGGGCAUUAAUAU